AUGGCGCGAGAUUACUUUUACCUUGCCUCGUCGGCCGUCCUAGGGGGUUAUGUUCUCUGGACGACCGCCGAGACGUACGUCCGCUGGAGUCACAACUCCCAUCUCGCUUCCUCCCACGCCCACGCAAGCCCCGUACUUGCCGCCCUCGUGUUCCUCCCCGCCCUGGUACUGUACAACAAGGCACGGUUUCUCCUCAAGGCGAGGGCUCGCGGUUGCGGCGACACACCCGUGUACCCGCACACGGACCCGGUGUUCGGCAGCGACUGGGUGCGGGCCUCGCUCGCGCGCCAGCGCGACCACGGCGUGCUCGAGUGGUGGCAGACCGUGUUCGCGAAACUGGGCCACACGUGGUGGUUCAAGACGCCGUCGGGGUGGGUGCUCAUGACGGACGAGCCGGCCAACAUGAAGGAGAUGCUGGCCACCAACUCGGACGACUUCUCCAUCAAGGGGCCGCGCAGGGACGUGAUGCUGCCGAUACUGGGGCCGGAGGCCAUCUUCUCCUCCAACGGGGACGUGUGGCACAGGGCCAGAGCGAUGAUGAGGCCGACCUUUGUGAGGAACCAGAUUGCGGACUUGAGAUGCUUCGAGAGGCAUGUCGGAAACCUGAUGGCGAGGAUCCCGAGGGACGGCUCGCCGGUGGAUCUGCAAGAGCUGUUGUACAUGAUGACGAUGGACUCGGCGACGGACUUUAUGUUUGGGCACUCGACAAACAUGCUCACGGAGCCGUCCCCCGAGGCCCGCCACUUCACCUCGACCUUUGAGUACAUCACAAUCCGUUCGGCCCUCCGCACGCGUCUCGGCCUCCUGGCCUUCCUGGACGACGACAAGAAGUGGCACGAGGGGCUCGCGACCAUCCACCGCUUCUGCGACCGGUACAUCGAGCGCGCACACGACGACCUCGCCGCCAACGAGGGCAAGACCGACAAGGCCGACCCGGAGCGGGGAUACGUGUUCCUCAACGAGGUCAUGGGGCAGCCGGGUGUGACGCCCGAGUACGUCCGCGCGCAGCUGCUGUCCAUGAUCCUCGCGGGGCGCGACACGACGGCCUCGACGCUGUCGUCGCUGUUCUGGAUCCUGGCGCGCGACGGGCGCGUCAUGCGGAAGCUGCGGCGCGAGGUUGACGAGCUGCAGGGGCGGAAGCCAUCGUGGGAGGAGAUGAAGGACAUGAAGUACCUCAAUAUGGUGCUUAAGGAGAUUCUGCGGCUUUACCCGACCGUCGUAACCAUGUCUCGCUGCACAGAACGGGACACCACGCUCCCCGUGGGCGGCGGGCCCGACGGCAAGGCUCCCGUCUUCCUCACGAAGGGCACGCUGGUGCGGUGGUCCAUCUUCCACAUGCAACGGAGGAAGGACCUGUACGGCGAGGACGCCGACGAGUUCCGCCCCGAGCGCUGGGAGGAGAGGCGGCCCACGUGGGACUACAUCCCGUUCUCCGGCGGCCCCCGGAUCUGCAUCGGCCAACAGUUCGCGCUGACGCAGAUGAGCUACUUCGUGGUGAGGGUCUUGCAAACGUUCAAGGACAUCUCGCCGAGGGACGACAGGCCGAUUCAGCAGACACUGGGGAUCACGGCGAAGCUGGCAAACGACGUGCUGCUCAGUUUCACGCCGGCUUAG